AUGGGUAGCAAUAAGUUUGCUGUUCUUCUUUGUGCAGAGGACUCAGAUUACGUGAAGAAACUAUACGGAGGUUAUUUUGGGGUUUUUGUGCAAAUGCUGGGUGAAGAAGGCGAAACAUGGGACGUGUUUAAGGUUUCAAAAGGCGAGUUUCCUGAAGAUAACGAGAUCGGAGAGUACGAUGGAUUUGUUAUCACCGGUAGUUGUAGCGACGCCCAUGGUAAUGAUUUAUGGAUCUGUGAACUCGUAGUUUUUUUGAAGAAAUUGGAUGCGAUGAAGAAGAAGGUUCUAGGCAUUUGUUUUGGUCACCAGAUAUUGGGACGAGCUUUGGGUGGCAGGACUGGUCGCGCCACUUCUGGUUGGGACAUUGGAGUCACACAGAUUCAUUUACAAUCAUCAGAGAUCUUCACAUCCCUGAAUAUGCCGACUUUCUUAUCCGUCAUUGAAUGCCACCAGGACGAGGUCAGGGAGCUUCCUCCAAAAGCGGAAGUUAUAGCACGGUCAAACAAAACUGGGAUUGAAAUGUUCAAAUACGGUGACCAUAUUAUGGGCAUCCAAGGUCACCCAGAGUACACUAAGGACAUUUUGCUGAAUAUAAUCGAUCGUCUUCUCAAUUGCAAUCUCAUUAAGGAGUCUGUUGCGGAAGAGGCCAAGUCCAAGUUGGAGGCUAUUGAGCCAGAUACAGAGGCAUGGAAGAAACUCUGUACCAGCUUUCUCAAAGGGAAAUUGUGA